AUGGCGGAAGGUGGCAUUUUCGCGGAGGACAUUGUUAAGAAUGCGCAGGGAAAUGUAGGGGUUGUUUUAGAAGAUGCUGAAGAAACUACUGACGAAUCAGACAGUGACGAAGAAGCUCUAAAAAAGGGACAAAUAGUGGUUUGUUGGUAUCCUUCUGGCAACGAGGAGACCAUCUCGAUCUCGAAGGUAGUAGUGCUUUAUUUGCAUUUGCGCAAUGUUUACCGGCAUUUUGAUUUUGAUCCACGCAAUCUUAACUGCUUAAUUUUUUUUUUCAUUUUAACUUCAGUUUCUUUUCUCUUAAGACUGAAAUUUAUCUCAUUUACUCUAUUGUAUCAAUUAAACGUGUCAAUUUUUCCAUCGCCCGAUUGAAAAAAAAAACAACAUUAAUAUUGUACAUGUACAAGCAUGUUUUUAAACGUGGGAGAUCAACUAUAUCUGCAAACCUUUUUCAAAAUUUCCUUUUGUGAUUUCCAUUUGCAUUUCCUGUAGGUUAUUUUCGGUCUCAUGCUUGAUAUUUUAUGGAAUGUGCAAUACUAGCUACUGCCUAAGUUCUUUAGGUCGACUGAAAGAUGUGUAUUUGAUGCCUAUGCAAGUACCUCAAGAGGCACUUCGAUUUUGAUAUUGUCUCCAUGAAAGGGGGAAAAGGGGAGAUAAAAAUGAAAUGGCUUUAGAACCAUGGUAAAGAAAGUCUUAACACUAUUAUGUAUUUUUUUAAAAACAAGUUUACUCAGCAACUUUUUUCAUGAGCUAGGGAGUACUAGGGAGUCAGCCUACAUAUGUACAAGGUUUGGAAUUAAUUUGUCGGUCAUGGAAAGUCAUGGAAAAUUGAUAUUACUUGAAUAGCACAAAUGGUGCACGUUUUGAUGCAAACGCUUACUGACUGGCCAAACCAUUCCUGUCGCAUUGAGAAUUUCACUUUUAAUCAAAACUAUCCAGAGAGAUCAGUCAAAUCCUCAAUAGUAUGCACAAAGGAGAUGGUUUUUCAGCAAAAACCCUAUGGAAAAACCCAAUUUCAUUUGCUAACUGAUUGGUCCGGCCUGCCAGUUUUGACAUAUGGAAAGCACCCUAAGUUAGCACUGGUGAGGUAAAAAAAUGACCAAGCAAUGAAUGAAUAGUUUUCAAAAUUUGGGGAAACAAUGGCUAUACUGGCUAGUUAAGGUCAUGGAAAACUGGAAAAGUUAUGGAACGUCAUAUGAGCAUGAAACCUGAUGUAUUACUUUUGUACCUGACAGUUAAGUUUCACAGUUGAUGAACUGAGGCUAAUUACAAAAAUAAAGUGGUCCUUUAUUGAAAGGACUAUUAUAUAGUACUAUUUAUAGUACAAGUACACAUGAGAGCACUUCUAGAAGUGGAAGGGGAAAUAAUCCAACAUUUGAUGUUAAAGAUCUUUUGGUGCUAUAUUUGUAGCAGCAAGUCUACCACUGUUUAGAACUGGUUGACCAAGAAAAGAUUUUUUAGGCCAAGUGAAAAAAAUAAAUGUUUUUCAUCCAGAUUUCUAUAAAAAAGAGAGUGGGCAACUAUAAUAUAUAUUUGUAAUACAUGAUAUUUUCAACUUUUCUAUAAUUGCCUUUCAGUUAAAUACUUUCUUUGCAAAUUAUUACCCUCCCACAGUGAUAAAUUGGAGUUCUUUGGUCAAAACAAAUAUUAAUAAAUAAAAUGUCCGAUAUUGAUUAAACACAAAUUUGGUUUAUUCUAAUGCAUGUUCUUAACAACAUGAUGCAUCAUAUUAUGCAUCUCAAUAGUUAGGGUGCAUUAAAAACCACAAUUUAUGACUCAGUAUUUACAGAAGUUUAGUGAAAAAUAGUUUUUAAUGAAAAGUAAUGCCUGUUACUGGGAAGUAAAAUAAGUUUAUUGAAAGUAACACCGGUUUGUGUUCGUUUGUUCCAACUGCUCUUAAGGACAGGCUGCCCCAAAAACUGAAGUGGGUAGGGAAGAGAAACAUUUUUUUCUUGGUCUUACCUUCUACUUUCAAGAUGGAUGAAAAAGAGUUACUGCUUUAACUAAGUGUCAGGUGCUUGCAAUAUUACAGUGUAGGUAAAAUUUCAGCCAAAGUGUGAGCUGUGAUUGAGUACUGUGAGGACAACUGUUUUGCUCUUAAUGUGUACCUUGAUGAUGGUGCAAGUUAAGAUAGCUUAGCGAAUAACCCUUUUCAAUAUGGCAGAUUAAACUGUGAUAAAACUAUCAACAAAACCUUUAUAACUUCCAAGACAUCAUUUUCAACAUCAUUACAAACAAAUUUUUUGUGGUUCGCAUGUUUUACUCAUGUUACUCAAGAUUGGGAAGAUUUUUUUAGAUGGUGAGCAAUCGCAUGUGCAAUUUUUUUCUUUCACUUGUCAGCUACACAGUUUUGUGCAUCCGCAGUGUACUGCUGUGCUUAAAGAAUGCAGUGUCCGCCGGAUAGCCCAAGGCUAAUGGAUUUUGCUAUUGGGCUUGGGAAUUAUGUUGUUAACUUGCCCGAUGGGCAAGUGCCAUUUUUUUUAGAGCAAUUCAAAUUAUUGAAAAAUUGUAAUCAAUUCUGCUCAUCAACAUUCUAGGUGAAAUGAUUUUUGGGCUAAUACAUAUCAGCAACAGCUUGCCCAAAUGGCAAGUUAUAAAACUGACGUUUUUUGCACCGUGACAGUACAUCAUUUUGCAUAUUGUCUCAUGACCCUUGUGUCUCCAUUUGUACCUAACCACUUGGGCUAGCCAAAUGGCAAAGGUUUUAAGCAAAAUGUGUAUUUUUUUAUUCUUGCGGAAACUUUGCACUACAGUAAACACCCGCAUAUAAGAACACACAAUUUCGGAGGUCAGGCUGAUUGAGUUAUUAUUUAUCGGGUGCUUAAUGACAAAUUAGCCUCAAAAUGUUCUUAAAAUGUUCUUAAAUUUUUAUUUAGUAAUACUAUCCAAGGCAUGUUGCGAGAGGUUUAUUUAGCAUAUUUUAGGAAAAUAAAAUAAAUAAUUAUUCUGUAAAUAUUUGAUUAUAUUAACAAAUGAAGUUAUCUGACAGCAAACAUAAACUUACAUGUUUUAAUUUUAUGACUCUUUUUCCAUUUUAUAAGAACAUGUUACAAUUUUCAGGCUGAUCUUGUUCUUAUAAAAAUGGGGCUUUCUUGGCCAAAUUUCAGCCUGGUGUUCUUCAUCCAUUUGUUCUUAUAUGCGGGUGUUUACUGUAUCUUGAUGUCAUGUGUUUUAUAGAAAAACAUGUCUGCCAAACAACUUUUUGUUCUCCCAUGAAGUUUUAUGGCACAUUUGUGGUUCUUUGUGCAGUACAGAACAUUAUUUUCAGUGGUUAAAUUGGCAUGCUCACAGCUGCAAACACAGUGUACUUUAACUGUUGGAAAGUGUGAAUGUUUCUUACCCUGAUCGGUUGGUUUGUUUUGCUCUACAGGUAAAGUUGGCUGAUAGAGCGCUUCUUCCUGGUGAUGUUGUCAAGUUUUCUGAUGUCAACCGAGGCACACAGAAAGGAUUUGUGAGUAAUGUUGAAGUUGCUGCUAGUGUCAAAGUCCUAGUGGCAAACCAGAUAUUUCACAAUUUGGAUUGCAAAGAACUCUCCCCUUUACAGGUAACAAAACUUGAAAACAGUAAUGACAUUCUUGUCUAUAUAACAAUAAGAUAAACCCAGGAUUAACCAUUCUACACUUAAACUUGUGAUAAAAAUUUCCAUUAGCAUAUAGCAGUUUUGAAGCUUUGUCUAAAAUAUUUUCUGGUGGGAAUUUGUUUAAUUGUUUUACACCGUAGAGAGGCAUCUUUAAAAUGAUUUUAUUUUCAAGUGCUAACUUUUAAAAGGUUUAGGCAAAUUUCUGGAAGGCAUGAAUGACAAGUUUUGAAUUUUUCCCAUGGUUUGUAAAUUUUAUUAGAGUCUGGAACUGUCAUGUUGGCAUUGACACAAAAAAUGUUUGGUAUUCCAGGUUCCAUGCUUGUCUUAGAGGUGUCAAUUUGUUACAACAGAGUUUUAAAGGAACUACUGCUCAGAAAAAAAUAAUUCUUCCCUAAACUCAUCUCAUAAAACUACUGAUGAGACUGUGACUGGUCACCAUUGGAACCAAAGAUUGAGUGCUGGCUGCCAGAUUUUCAGAGUCCUUUACUCCUUGUGGCUUUUUAAUUUAUAUAAAAAAUUGUCUCAAGUGACCUUUAAAGUGCCAUGGUUACAGGCACCUUAUUGUUUUAUAUGCCCCCGCAUUUGCAUAAUAGAGGUACUGUGUAUGUACCCUGGCUCCAAAGGUCUUUUCUUGAAAUGUGUGGGAUAACAUAAACCCUGCUCACAGUUUGAUAAAGCUCCCAAGACAGAAUAAGGUAAUAAGGUAAGGAAAAAGCCCUCUGGCACCCACAUGGCCAUGGUACUUGAUUGACCUGCAUGCAUCCAAACCUCUUAUUCCAUUGGUCCCUACAACCUGCACUACCUAUUGUUUUAGAUAAGGACAUUGUUAUGUUACCAUCCCUAUUGUUGUCCAAGCUUAGCACAAACCUUGUUUGGAAUAGAUGCUGGUCAGCCCAUAGUACUAUGUGUGUAAAUAAUAACAGAAAAAUAUGGAGAUUUUUACAGAAAAGAAACAACCCAAAUUAUGACCUGGCAAGCAAAAAGUUUGCUUUAAAAAGUUUAUGUGAAUUUCAAACCCUGCCUUUGGGUAUUUUUAUGCCACUCUCUAUGUGUUUUGCAGCAUUUUAUAAUUGGAGCUCAUGUUAGCUUGGGUCCAUGGCUUGGAACAGUCACUGAGGUGUACAGACGAGUUGUAAUUAUGCUAAAGAAUGGCUCAAGGUAUAGUAAUUUGAUCACGCAGACAUGGGUUUUAAACCAAUGAUAAUAUUGAACCACAACAUACAGUGUAUACACUCAUGUAUCUUAUUUUUUUUAAAAAAAGUUGGUGUGACAUAUCUUUAUAUAUUUACAGUGCAACAGGGAAAACCGUGAACACUUGAAAUAAAAUUAUCUCAGGAAUGUUUAUUGCGUUAUGCCCAGUCACAGCAAAGAUCAGGACAUGCAAACAAGCUACAAAACCACAAACUAAUUAGCAUUCUUGCUUGGGGUUCAGUUUUCUCACUCCUGGUUUGCUUUUUUUUUUUGCAAAACAAUAACAUUCCAGAAAUAUUUCUGGAGUUUACGGUUUUCUUGGUUUGCUGUCACUAUGUUGUUUGUACUCUAUAACCAUUAAUUAGUGUAGAUGUAAAUAUUAAGUGAUUCAUUUAUUUCUGUUUAAUUUUAAUAAUAUUUUCACAAAUUACUUUUCAGGUGUGCUAUAGAAGGGCCUGCAGGAGAACAGUCGUCAAUGCUGUUUGAUAUGAGUGAUCAGCGAGAUGAGGUAAUCUACUUCCUGAAAAGAAAAGCUACCGUAUAGACUUGCUCUGAGCAGCUGUUUUGAGGAAAGUUCAGGCUAACUAAAAAAGUUUAACUGUCAUCUCUUGCUCUGUUUUGUUGCAGAGCAAACGUUUUGUCAUGUGCCUGUUUCUUGUUGACUUGAUUUUGUCUUCUAGUUGGGUUUACUAUUUGGGGGGAACAAGGGUGGUGAGAGCUCUCGCCUCUCACUAAUUUGGGCCAGGUACACAUACCAGCAUUGAUGCCAUAUGUGAGCCGAGUUUGUUGAUUCUCUACCUUGCUCCAAGAGGGUUUUCUCCGGAUACUCCGGAUGCUUCAGUUUUUCCCUCUCCUCAAAAACCAACACUUCUAAAUUCCAAUUUGAUCAUCAACACAUGGACAUGUUUAAAACGAGUUCUUAAGAGCUCCUAAGUGCUUCUUGGUUAAACAAAUUACAAUUUAUUGGUUUUGUUUUAUAAUGAUAUUCCAACCAAAAUUCAACAUCUCCUCUCUGAAUGUUUUGUUUUAAUUUUGUAUCGUAGGAUUGUCCUUUCUAUUCUCCACUGUUUUACCCUGGCCAGAGAUUAACAGGUUCUGCCAGAGCAUUCAAAGAAGCCAAAUGGUUAUCAGGUGUAAAACCCAUCUUAAACAACCAGUCACACAUUAAAGGAACUGUAGAGGAGGUAAGUACCUACCGUGUUGCAUGAAAGUUUUGCGGGUUCUAAUUUUUGCGAUUUUUCCAGCGAUCCGCAAAAAUAAGUUCCCGCAAACAAAAUUUACUGCAAACAUUUUUCCCACAAAAAUUUGCUCCAGGGGAAAUAUUCUCUAACUUAAAUUCACUACACAACAAUACAGAAGUAAAAAAUCAUGUCUGUCCAAUUACAACUUGCCUCAAAACAGUGUACAUGAAUUACUGGUUUUACAUAGGGUACGCGUACUGUGGUACUGUUUGAAAAUAUGUAUUUCUAUUGCACGUACUUAACAAAAACUAAAAUAUUAUCAAUGCUGGGUACUGGGUGCCUCCUGAAAAUUGCAAGAAUCAGUUCCCAGCAAGAAAAACCAAUCUGUCCUAAUCGCAAAAAUCACUUCCCGCAAAACACAAAAAAUGGCCAAUUCGCAAUAAUAAACUCCCGCAAAAUUUUGUGCCACAUGGUAGUACAAAAGUAAAAUCCGUCAUGUAAUACUGCAGCUUGAAUAAAUGUUCCCUUCAAAACCACUAUUCAAUUGCAUCCAAAAUUCUUGUCCAGUACACCCAUCAUUGUCCCACAUUCGUCUCUUUUUUCCAUUUUUUCUUUCUUUCUCUCAGUGGCUUGUCAUAUUUAAAGUGUUUGAUUAUUUUAUCAGGUCAGUGUAAUAGCAUGUGAAGUAGAUUGGCAAGUCUGUGGUGCUUGGCAACAAGGUUGCAAUGGAGAUGAAUGUCUCAAACCACCAGAUCUCACUGUGACUCAGGAACAGCUUCCUAGGUAAAUUGGCUUGUUUACUACAUGUAUACUCCUUUAGUUUAUCGGUUACAGUGAGUUUGUCAGCUAAUCAGAAUGUGGGAAGAGACCAAUUUUGAUACAUUUAAAUUCAUACUUAACUUGGUUCUGAGGCUUGGGGGAAUAAAACAGAAGAAAUGUAUUAUUCAUUGCUGAGCCUCAAGAUGAUUUCUUUUGUUUUAUUCCCCUUAAGCCUCAGAGCCAAGUAUGAAUAACUGGUCUGUUGUAGAAUUUUACUGAGCCAUGAGUUAUCUUGAUUUAGCAGUGUAAUUUACAAGGGCUUGGAAAGAAGACUUUUUAAAUUGAAUUUGGCACAAAAUAUCCUACUUUACUCAUAUGUAAUAAAGACAAUGUGUUCCUUUGUCUACUAACAGAUUGUUAGUUGUGAACCAUUUCCGACAUGCAAACCUUCAAGUUGGAGACAAAGCAUUCUAUACAGUGAAGGCACUUGAUCUCAGAUAUAUUUCUAAUGGUGAGAGCUUAUUAAAGGAACAGACUGAUGAUAAUGAUAAUCCUGAACAUGCCUACACCAGCCCAACAUCUGACAGUCAGGUAGAAGGGUGUGGCAUACAUGAAGUACAGCCUGUGAAAACUUGUCAAGGAAAAACGCUGACUGAUAGAGGAGAUUUUGAAGGCAGCUGUUUAAGAUCUGAAGAAAGUGCAGACAGCCUUGUGCCUGAAAGUGAUUCAAAAACCAGUAGUGGGUCGACAUCAACAAGCUCUCUCUGUGAGGCAAAUCCAACGGUAAAUACGACCUCUGAACUGGCACCUACAGACAAAAGACAAUCAAUGGCAAAUGUGACUGAAACCGGUGAUGGGAUAAAUCAGAUUGACAUAAAUGAUGGCCAUCAUACUCCUGGCUCAGAUUCUGCUGAUGCAGACGAAGAUUCAGAUGGAGGCGAAACUGUAACGCCAAAGGCAAAGGCCUCUGGAUCAUUUAAACAUGAAUCUGGUUCAUCUCAUGUUGUGCGUUACCCCACUAAACGAAGGAAGAAACGAUUAAGAAGGAAGCGAAAAGCGGCGCCUCCCCUGAAGGUCAAUAUUGGGGACAGGGUGUGCGUAGAGGUGACAAAUACUUGUACCACAGUUGAUGUUAUAUGGCAAGAUGGUUCUAAACAGGAUAAGAUCUUAUCCACGGAUGUGACUCCAGUGUUUCACUUGGAUGAGCUGGAGUUUUUUCCGGGGGAUUUUAUUUCUGAUAAAAGAGGUGAGUUAUACGCUUAUACAGUUACAGUGCUUCAAUAGACUAAGGACUUCAAUGUCUCUUCCACGAAUCUAACCAGGCUUAGUUUGUACUUCGAAAAUCCCUCUUAUUUCAAAAAAUUGCUGUUGUCGUAAUUAGUGAAAAACUCCUAGACAUGAAUACAGAAAUAGCAUCAAACCAAAGUACCAUACAUAGAUUGUAGCAGCCGUUAUUUUACCUCUUACAAUUUGAAUUUCAUCCGUACACUUGAAGGUUAAGGAAAACUAUUUGAACAGUAGUAUGAGGUUAGAUUCUUAAACUCAUCAAAAAUUCAAAGCCAAAGAAAAUCAUGUACCGUGACGUGCUUGGAUAUCUGAUGAAAAACUCCUUGCUUUGUCGUCACCAUUUACUUCAGUUUUUUUAUCAAGGUAUCGAACACCUCGAAGUUCGUCAAAAAAUUAAUAUUUUCAGCCUUUUUUCCGUGUUUGAAUUGUGAGGAAUUACCGUUUCUUUUGUGUAAAAUGCUUUAGUACAUGGUGUUUUACUCCGGUUUAUCUGAGCAAAAUAUUUCAGUGUCCCUUCAAAUUAGGUGUACAGGACAACUUACUUGCUGUAAAAAUGUACUCCAAACAGAAAAUGCCGACCCAUCUAUCUAUGGGGUGGUUCUUACCGCUGAUCACAAGUCGCGCAUGUGUCAUGUCAAGUGGUUUUCGCGAGAAGGCCAGGAGCUGCGUGAUGAACGUGACGUGAGCGUGUAUGACAUAACGGAACACACGGACUUUGUGUUUAGUGCUGGUGAUGUAGUGGUUCGUGUAGCAAAAGGUGACAGUGACGGUACAGCUGCUGAAGGCGGAGAUAAGCCUAUUCCCUGUGUAGGGCAGGUUGGUUGUGCUUUUGAACUAAAUCGACUUAUUUUCCUUAGGCAAAUGACUGUACCUUACUAUUUUGGGUAGAGGCAGGAGCGGUUAUGGGCUCCUGGUAGUGGUUAGUUUACUUGGGUAAAAAUUGUAGCAAUUAGGGGCAACAUAUAAACAAAGGUGAUGGAUCUUGGUUGAUUUAAUCAAGAGGCCAUUUGCAUGAUGGCGUCAUUUUACUACUACGACCAGAAUCCUCUUCUGUUUUCCUUUCAUAUUCUAAUUUGGUAUUCCCAGUGAGGUUUCGAAAGCAAAAACCCUAAUUUGCACAAGAAAGCAAAAUCCUAAAAGAUUCUGGUCGUGGUAGUAAAAUGACGUCAUCGUGCAAAUGGUCUAUUGAUUAAUUUUAGUUUGUUUGGGAGGGGAGAUUAACCUAGGCUCGAUUACCAGCCGCUGUUCGGGAAAAUGAGCCCGCACUCAUCCCCCGAUCAAAGACCGGACCCGGGAGACGGCGGAAAUCGAGCCUAAGAUUAACCUUCAACCACAACAUUAUGGAGCUCGAGCAAAGGAGGGUUUGAGCGGAGUACGUCAACUAGUAGUGAGGCGCCUCCCACACUAUAGGUUUUGUAUGUAUGCCUUUACUUUCACAGCAACGAUUUGCCUUCUCAAAAAGGGGCAAAAACACUGCCCAUGAAUGCAAAAAGUCCCCUUUUGGUUGACGUGAGUUGAUCAAAAAUGUCCUUUCUCAAGCUCCCUAUUUACUCACGUUUAAUACCCACGGCUCGCGACAUAAUGCCAUACUCUUGGAAUUUUUUUAAGUGUGAAAGAGAUAUAACCUUACCGCCGCAGUCAUGCGCGCUAAGGCAAAGCAUCAAUGCGUAUGCUUGUUGUUCUUGGCAUUUCCUCGUCAUUUAAGAUUAAGUCACUGUAGUGCUGUAUAGAAUGCAUGUGAUCAAAUAGACAGAAAGGAUACAGUGCGUAUGAGAGUUUAUAGUGGUCCUUUCUGUCUUUUACACUAGUUUUUUGUUAUUUCAGGUUACCCUUGUAGAUGAAGAAGGCUCUGUCUUCAUAAAAUGGGUGGACAAGACUCUUUCCAAAGUUAAACCUCAAGAACUGUAUAAAAUUGAUGCGGAGGUGAGGCGUCGGUUAACUGUUGAUUUUUCAAAUUAGACUGUUGAGUUAUGUCACUGACUGCCGAAACGUCACCUUUCUCAGACAUUCUCCAGGCUUGAAAAUUCACCAUCGUAUUUUACAUAACUGAUCGCGUAAUAUUUUCGACUCUUUAUUCAAAACCGUUCUAUUGCCGGCAGGAUGAUGGUCAUCUAUCAACGGACGGUUCCACAGUUGAAUCAGAAGAUGAAUGGGAGACAGCCAGUGGAGAAAGUGAGGAUGAUGAAGAUCUAGCAGUUGAUAUUAUGGAUCUUGCUGCUGCGGCAGCAGGAGAGGGUGGCGACAUUACAGCUGAUCAGGCAGGGCACACCACUGAUGAAGGAGCAGAGAAUGUUGAUAGAGAAGCUCUACAUGAGGCCAGAAACAGGAUGAAUGAAAUUCUAUCCAAUUCUAAUCCACGUAAGCUGUUUAAAUGUGAUUACUACACAGUAACCUUGUUUUAUCUCUCAGGUGUCUAGCCUGAGAAAACAGCAGACAUGUCGCGUCUCCACCAAUCUCGAGGACAGGCUUCCCUGCGUCUGAGGAAUUACUGCAGAAAUUUUAUACCGAUGACGUGUCACUGCCCAGAUCCGAGUGGUGCUUCUGAGUGGUCGUGCCGUGUGGGAAAUUUCGUUCAGCCAAUCAGGAGCACUACCCAGGUCUUAGUAGUGAUGCGUCAUCAGCGUGGAAUUUCUGCAUUUGUUCCUGACACGUCCUUUUCGCGGGGAAACCCUGGCAGUGGUGGCGUCUCGAAAGGCUGGCUGUUUUCAUAGGGUAUCAGGGGUCAGUUUAAUAAUACUUUUACAAGUAUAAUUUAAAAGUGUAGUUUUUGUUUUUUGACUCUAAAACAGUUGCUACAUUUGUAAACGUUUCAAUUAAUUGUCCCCAGGUGACCAGUGCAGCCAACUGUGUGUGUUUUAGAUGUUUAAAAACCACCCACACACAUGCUUAUUUUACCCUUUAAUUUUACAAUCAUCAGAUUUGCUCAAGUUUUCAUUGUUGUUCUUUUAAACAUCUUAAUUGUUUUUGGCAUUGUUGUUCUUUUUGAAACAUCUUAAUUGUUUUUGAAGCAUAUCUCCCGCCUGUAAACAUUUUUGGUAUGAACCUCUUUUAGGUUCUUUCAAUGAUAUCAGAAUUAUCGAUGAAAUUUAUUUAUUUUUCUUUAUUUAUUUUAUUUAUUUUCAGCUUUUAUUUAUUUUUCAGCUUUCAUGACGUUUGACUCCGUUCCGGAAAGUCACACUUACAAGUAUUCCACGUUCCAGGCUCAGAACCCAGGCCGCUUUCUGUCUUGUAUGAGAAAAGAAAUGGCACUCUUGACUUUCUCACUGCCAGCGGGAAUAAUUGUCAGGGGAUAUGAAGAUCGAGUGGUAAUUCUUUGCUUGUUUUCCAAUUUUUUUUUCUUUAUCUCAGUCAGAACAGCGCCAUAUUUUUCGCACUUGGAGCUGCAGAGAUGGAGACCAAGGUUGUGUGAAACGCGAGAGCGGUUUUCAAUCAUUGAAAUCCCGAAACACAAAUGUCGAUUUGUUUGGUUCAACACAUGCAAAGCCACUGAUUGGCCAAAAAGUAUCGUGUCACUUUCUCAGCCAAUCAGAACACCAACCCAAAAUCAAUACAUGUUAGGUUGUUGCGCGCGUUUCACGCGCUUGGCUCUGUAUUCUGUACUUUAGAUAAUACCAUAAUAAUCUUUUUGGGGGGUGGAGGGGGACAAAAAGAUAAUUAUGGUAUUUUCUAAAGUGGCGAAUCCAAGAUGUAGCCUCGAGAUUCGACUGGUUCAUUCGCUUGUCUGCGUGAGUUGAACUUACUUUCUGCUCUGUUCUCUUGAGGUUAAUUAAAAUCAAGUUAAAAUCAAGAUCAACGUUCAUAGCAGGCGUUAUUUUGCCGAGCGCGAAAGGAAAACACGGUCAACUAAACAACGCCUGUUUGCAGGCCAAGUUGAUAUUUUCGUUUCAACUCUAUCAAAUCUGACCACUUCAGAACAAUGCGUUCUUGUAAGCUUCCCUGUUUAUUUGAGAGUCAGAGUUCAAUCUUAACUUUUCUUAGCCAUCAGAUUAUGUGAUGUUUAGACCAGAUCAUAGGGCGCGAAAAUACGGAAAUCAGCGCACCCUCGUCAAAUAUUGAUUUUUUUGUUUAUUUUGUUAGGACAUAUUACGAGUGAUGAUCACAGGGCCUGUGGAUACUCCGUACGAACAUGGGCUGUUUGUAUUUGACGUUAGACUGCCGUCAGAUUAUCCAGCCUCCCCUCCCUUGUUCCAUUAUUUGUCCCAAUGUUCGGGUCGUUUGAACCCAAACCUUUACGAGGACGGCAAGGUCUGCGUCAGCCUCUUGGGGACCUGGGCCGGGCGCGGAAGCGAGGUGUGGACAUCAAAGUCGAACGUACUGCAAGUUUUGGUUUCAAUACAGGGUAAUUUUUGUAGUUAACAAAUACACAGAAUUUUUACUGUAGCGCUUUUCAUGGACAAAAUAUUUUUCCGUGUGACCUUUGCUUUAUACUAGUAAAAAAGUACUCCUUAAAAAGCGCUGGCAACAGUUCCGCCCAGUGAACAACACUAGCUUCCGUCUGCCCUUCAUUUUUAGGUGUGAUCCUCAACACCAUCUUGGUCAGCAUUAGAUUGCAUCGGCCUAAACCCCUUAGUUCCCUUAUGAAGUUUACACAACGUAGUAUUCUUUACUGCUUCCACACUACUUAGAUGAAAUUUGUAGAUCAGCCUUAGAUCCCAUUGGCCUAUCAUCUUGAGUAUGAGGGGUGAAGGGAGAGCUACUCCCGGAAUUUUCGCCACUUUGCCCUGGAACACUUGGCCGGCCUAUACAACUGUUAUUUUGCUCGUACCAAAUUCUAGACUAGACACCAAACACCCCUUCCCUUUCAAAGGACUAGUUGUGAUGGAUAAACUCCAAUUCUACGUUCGCUAAUUAAAUUUAUCCUUUAAAAACGAUAAACUUGUCUAAGGUCCUGAAAUUGCAUAUAUUUGUACCCUGAAAACCUCCUGGAAUUUCAUUUUUCAUUUGGACGACUUCUUUUUAAAACAGUCAUCAUUUUGAACUCUAUUUUUCGGAAUUUAUCGCAAGGUUCGAAUUCCUGGACGUGUUUGACAAAACCUUCAAUGUUGUUGUCAGCGUAGGUCUGGUUCGUUCCUACCUUUACUGUUUAUCAAAGUAGGAUAAUAAGCGCACAAAUUUCGAAGAAUUAUCGUACGUUAAGUUUUACUCAUUGCUCCUGUUUAAGUUUGGUAAGCAGAGGAAAUUGUCAAUUGCUUUGUAGGGUCUUAAGAGUUAAUAUUUCAUUUAUUUAGGAUUAAUACUGUGUAGCGAGCCUUAUUACAACGAGGCUGGCUAUGAAAAGCAAAGAGGCACGGUGGAGGGACGAGAAAACAGCCGCCUGUACAAUGAAAUGGUUUUACUAAAACUGGUUCAAUCCAUGGAAAGACUCGUAAGAAAUCCUCCUGCUGGUCUGGAGAACGAAAUACUAAAACAUUUUGCACAUCACGGGGCCAGGUAAGACUUGAUGAAACUUUUUUGAAGUGUCAGAUUAAAAGGCAUCUCAAUCUUACUUCCUCAUUAACAAUUAAGCUGAAAAUCAAAUUUUCAAAAAUAGCUAUUGUUAAACAGGUUAACUUGAUGUAGGUACGUGGACCAGAGUAGUGGCCCUAAAUAUCAUAGAGAGUGGCUUCCAUAACUUAUAAAGUAGAUUUAUGAACUAUCAGCUCAUUUACCUCUCAGUUAUAAUUUACCUUACUGAGCAAAAAAAGGCCUCGAACAUAUUCCAUACAAAGAUGGUUCUUGAAGUUUUCGUAAGGUAAAUGUCGUGUCCUUCUAUCUUCAGAUUUGUUGUUUAGGUAAGCUAAAUCGUCGUUGUUUGUUGUUAACUUGGCAGAAUGAUACGAAAAUUCAAGCGUUGGAUUGCUUUGUUCCACGAACAAGCAACAGCUGUGCCAGGCUGUGAUGGCGAAAAAGCCACUAACGAUGAGAUGAAGGUUAAUGAGCUGGAGGAAAAAGGACCGAGAAGUGAGAAUGAAAACGCUUACAUGAAUGACACUAGUAAUGUUGAUACGAUACAAGCUAAAGUUGCAUCAGGCUGCAUCAGGGAAGAGCGUAUUCAAGCACAUGCGAUGUCUGGGGAACUGUUAACGAACGACAAAGUACAUCACACUGAACCUUGCAGCAAUGGUGUCAGCAAAGAUAAUUACGACCAAUCAGCUGUCUUGCCUGAAGGAAAACCUUCAAAUGUCAAACCGCAAGGCGAAUGUCAAGGAGCCGUGACAUCAGAGAAGAAUGUUCCAGAUUAUCCCUUGUUCCCACUCUCCCGGGGUUUUUGCUUGAGUCUCGUGAGAGCGUUGGACAGUUUUGAAGCCGCCUUGGAAAAGGCUCAACUACCAGACUGCUCUGAGUAGAUUUCAACGUCGUACGAUUGGGUCUUGUGUCGCUUUAUACGUCAUAAAAUCUAUUACACGAGUAAGGUGGAAAUAUUUUAUAUGUAUUUAUUUAUUUUUCAGGUUAUCUGAAUAUAAAGAGAUUGAAUUCAUUGUAAAAUGCUGUU